CUAGAGCUGGUACUCAAGGUGAGGAUUCAGAACCCAUCUCUUCGAGAAAAUGAUUUCAUUGAAAUUGAACUGGACCGACAGGAGCUCACCUAUCAAGAGUUGCUCAGAGUGAGUUGCUGUGAGCUGGGUGUUAAUCCAGAUCAAGUGGAGAAGAUCAGAAAGUUACCCAAUACCCUGGUAAGAAAGGUAAGAGAGGUCUGAGCAGUUGCUUGCUUUUUGCAUUUGGAAAAUACCCAGCUUCCUCCUUGGCUGGAUGAGUCAUAGUUGAGAACUGAGAAGAGAAGAGAAAAGGGGCAAAGGGUGGUUUUCCAGAUGAGCUUUCUUUCCCUCUCCUGGUCGACAGGGACAUGACAUUUUUGAAGGCGGUAGCAUAGCAGAGAGAAUUUUCUGAAUUACCGUUCUGUGUACCUGGCUUUGGUUGUUUGUGUAGUGACACGUGAGGAUUACACUAUCGCAUCUCGGAGCACCUGGGGAAAACUGGUCUGAAUGGCCUCUCCCUCCAAGUCCAAGGUGCGCUCAUCCUGCAGGAGCUGCCGUUCGGGGCUGCCACCCUCCCAUCCUCCAGGCAGCCCAACUCACGCCCCUGGGGACUUCCCCGCACCGUCACCAAUGGGCACAGUCACCAAUGGCCUGCCACAGGGAUUUUCUUUUUUUUUUAAUGUUUGUUUAUUUUUGAGACAGAGACAAAGACAGAGU